AUGAUACUUUUCGGGUUUGCCUCAAAUUUCUGGGUGCUGCAACAACAAGGGUCCUAUACAGCGGCGCUUUUCAGGAAUUCAGACACCAUGCCACCUAUGUCGGAAGAGGACCUUGAAUGGUUUAAAUCCACUUUUCGGCCCAUACCGAAGCCUGAACUUCCCGACGACUGCAUCGAAUAUUCUCUCCACUAUAUCCCUUCGGACCCCGCCCCCGCCGUUGUCGACGAGGUCGCAGAUACACGAUCGCGGUUAAUAGAGGUACAGAAGUCCGCGGCCGAACUGGUGAAAUCCUUGCUAAAGGACUAUAUAUGGCAAAGGGAGGGGUUCAAGUUGGAGAUCACUAAGGCAAACGGCAUAACAUCAUUAAGCGGACGUACCAACUUCGGAGACUCAAUUGAAGAUGAAUGGGUGAUUGUAUACCUGUUGCGCGAAUUGACGAAGAAACAUGAAAACGUCUGGGCUACAGUUACAGACAGCGAUGGCCAGUUUCUCCUCGUUGAGGCUGCCGGCGCAUUGCCCGCAUGGCUUGAACCGGACAUUGCAGAUAACAGGGUAUGGAUAAACAAAGGAGAUUUGGUCAUAAUCAAGCCGAAGAACGAAAAGAAUCGAGUGACGGAGCAGAUAUCCUUAUCCGAGUCAAGGAGGAUCAUAAAAGAAGAUUCCAAGCGACUCAUGCGCUCGGCUAUGAUAGAGGAGGAAGCAUUCUAUCGACUUCGAAACUACCCCAAACAAAUCAGCGAAAACCUCCACUCAGCUCGGAUAACCCUGCCACGCAAAGUCGCGUUCCUCUUACACCAAAAGCCUGCUUACAUCUCUGCGGCCGUCGAAGCGUUCUAUCUGAGAGACCCUAUCGCCCUGAAACCUCUCCGGGGAAAAGACGCGGAGGGCCUUAUCUUCAAGCCCGAAGACUUUGUUACAGUCAGCACUCGUUUCACACGCGUUGGCUAUGCGCAAGUCAAGAGUCAAGACUUUCCCGUCCCGAAAUCCUGGGCUGGCAGCCUACCCGAUACCAAGAACCGAACAGUUUAUGACCGCGCAGAGACGGGUAUGAAGGUAUCUUGUGGCUUUGAGAUGCUUCUCACAGAUCCGCAAAAUCAAGAUAAAGCACUAGUGCGAGAAAUAAACAUUGUUCUCGAGGACCUGGAAACCGGCGAUGAGAGCCUUCCAACUGAUGAGGAGAUACGAACCUGGGAUCAACGCGAAGAUGACGAGAAGUGGCUAGAUAUCAGCUUCGAAGACCUGGACACAGAGCUAAAAGGAAAGGGGAAGGGGAAGGGGAAGGAUCCGACGGGAGGAGCAUUUGGGGACGCAAAUGCGCAGGAGAAUCUGCAGCGGAUCGUUGCCCAGUUUGAGAAGCUCUUGAAUGACGACUCGGCUGGUUUCGAGGGAGCAGACUUCAUUGACGACUACGGGUCAGAUUCCGAUGAUCACGAGGAUGAUGACGAUGAACUAGAGAGCGACGGAGAGGACAAGGAUGCGUCAUUUGAUGAGGAAGAAUUCUCAAGGAUGAUGAAGGAGAUGAUGGGCAUGCCAUCAAAAACCGGCUUCAGCGGCCCGUCACAAGCCUCGAAACCUCUGAAACGAGUGGAGGAACUCGACUCAGACUCCGAAGAUGAUACGGAACAGAUCCAACAGCUUUCAAGAGAAAUGGAGGCCGAGUUGAAAGGAACCGGGGUUCUCGAUCUGAAUCGACCAAGCAACGUUGCCAAAGGCAAACGCGCCGUGACCCAAGGAAAGGAAGAUGAGGAAGAUGACACAAUGCCUGCCCUAGAAGGUGAAGAGGAUGAUGAUGAUAACGUCAACAUCAACCUUGUAAAGAACCUGCUGGAAAGCAUCCAAGGGCAGUCGGGCGCAGCAGGCCCAGCGGGGAAUAUGCUCUCCAUGCUGAAUUUGCCCAUGCCCAAAGACGAUCGUCGGCGUUGA